CAUGACUCCAGUUUCAGACCCUAGCUCCUUCUCCUCGCUCUCCAAGUGCUCUACCAAGCACUUAAACCUCAUUUACCAUGUCGACUUUGACAGGCAUGUGCUCAAAGGGAAAGUCGCCCUGACUGUGGAGGUCCUGGAGGAUAAAUUCUCUUCUCUGACCCUGGACUCUAAGGACCUGAAGAUCUCUAAGGUGUCUGCGAAUGGCCAAGCUGCAAAGUUUGAACUUGGAGCCAAGCAUAAAUUUAAGGGAUCCCCUUUGGAAAUCACCCUGCCUUUUGAACUCUCACGCGGUCAGCAUGUGAUUGUGGAGAUCGAAUAUGAGACGUCUCCUACUGCCACUGCUCUUCAAUGGUUAACACCCAAACAGACUGCUGGGAAAAAACAUCCAUACCUUUUCAGCCAAUGCCAGGCCACUCAUUGCAGGACCAUGGUGCCUUGCCAGGACACUCCAUCAGUGAAGCACACUUACUAUGCCCAGGUUUCUGUCCCGAGAGAGCUGGUGGCAUUGAUGAGUGCAUUGCGAGAUGGGCAGGAACCAGAUCCAAGUGACAGCAGCAGAGUCAUCUAUCGCUUCAGACAGCCGGUCCCCAUGCCUUCUUACCUUAUCGCCAUUGUAGUUGGUGCUUUGGAAAGCAGGGAAAUCGGCCCAAGGUCUAGAGUUUGGUCUGAGAAGGAAUAUGUGGAUGAAGCUGCAUAUGAGUUUGCAGAGACUGAGACCAUGUUAAAGACGGCUGAGAGUCUGGCAGGGCCAUAUGUUUGGGGCCAGUAUGAUGUCCUGGUUCUGCCUCCAUCCUUCCCAUAUGGAGGCAUGGAGAACCCCUGCCUCACAUUUGUCACUCCAACUGUGUUGGCUGGAGACAGAUCUCUUGCUGGUGUCAUUGCUCAUGAGAUUUCCCACAGCUGGACAGGAAACCUGGUGACCAACAGGACUUGGGAGCAUUUCUGGCUAAAUGAAGGUCAUACGGUGUAUAUCGAGAGAAUGAUAGCCAGGUGUAUGGAGGGUGAGCAGCUCAGGCAGUUUAAAGGCAUUGGAGGAUGGAAAGAACUUCAUGAGUCUGUGAAACAGUUUGGAGCAAAUAAUGUCCUCACAAACCUGGUCCCAAAUCUGCAUGAGGUGGACACAGAUGAAGCCUUUUCCUCAGUGCCCUAUGAGAAGGGAUUUGCUCUGCUUUAUCAUCUGGAGGAACUGAUGGGAGGCCCAGAGGUUUUCAUGGGAUUCGUGAAGUCCUACAUUCAGCUGUUUGCCUACGGCAGUGUAACAACAGAGGAAUGGAAGAACUAUCUGUUCACUUACUUUAAAGACAAGGUGGACAUCUUGAAUAAAGUGGACUGGAAUGCAUGGAUGCACACUCCAGGAAUGGCCCCCGUCAGACCACAGUAUGACACCACUAUGGCGGACGCCUGCACUUCUCUGUGUCAGAAAUGGGUGAAGGCAAAGGAAGCUGACCUCGCAAGUUUCACUGAGGCAGAUGUGAAGCAAUUGAACUCGCCUCAGCUUAUUGAGUUUAUGGCUUUGCUGCUCCAAGAGGAUCCCCUUCCUCUGUCCCACGUGAAGAAGAUGGGGGAGGUUUACAAGCUGAACAAUAUUAAAAAUGCAGAGGUUCGCUUCAGGUGGUUGCGCAUCUGUGUAAAGGCUCAAUGGGAAGAAGCUGUUCCUUUGGCACUUAAAAUGGCAACCGAACAGGGCAGAAUGAAAUUCACUCGCCCACUUUUUAAGGAAGUGUACAACUUCUCCAAGUACAGUGAUGAAGCUGUGAAGACUUUUAAGGAGAUCCGUGGAUCACUGCAUCCAGUCACUGCAAUGCUGGUGGCCAAGGAUCUGAAAAUCGAUGGCUAGAACUCUGCCUUCUUUCCUAUUCUCCAGCAUAUCAGUCCUCGGACACAUCCACAACGCUUUUCUCUUCACUGGCCAAAGCUUGCCUUUUUAUAAUGUCUUGAUGGAGGUUUCAGUCUCAGGAACAAAACCAUUUCAGUAUCAUGUAGUUUAGUGCUGUAAAAAACCAUCGCAUCUUAAUCUGAAAGUUCCACUUUUGUCUGUUUAUAUAACAUGUCAAAAGUACUGUUCUGUGCUAAACUCAUCAAUAAACUGUUUCUGCUCCUUUGUCCAAUCAA